CAGGGUUUAGUCAGUCUGAAGUUGUGGGCCUGUGGAGGGGACACGAGCCGAGAGGAACACCGGAGACAACAAGGAGGGGAUUUUUUUUUCUCUUGUUUGUUUCUUUCAUCUUUUUUACUCAUCGAAAAGAGAAACAACCUGAUGUUGGCAGAGGGCAGACAGACGCCAUUGGCGGCUGUCGCCGGGAACGAGCAGCAGGAGCCGUGCCCGCGCAGCGUCCUGCUCGACCAGAGCCGGCGGCACCGGACCGCGUUCACGCGGGAGCAGCUGUCCCGGCUGGAGCAGGAGUACCGCAGGGAGAGCUACGUGUCCAGGCCGCGACGCUGCGAGCUGGCCACGGCUCUCAACUUACCGGAGACAACGAUAAAGGUGUGGUUUCAGAACAGGAGGAUGAAGGAUAAACGCCAGAGACACUCCUUGCCUUGGCCUCUCCCUCUCGUCGACCCUCUGGGUGCCCUCUUCAUGAGCCGCUCCUCUCCUGCCACCACGUUACCGUACCCCUUCAUCCCGCACCACCUGCCCCACCUGCCCCUCCACCACUACUCCCCGCUGGCUCUCUCCUCACCAGCCUCCUCGGCUCACAGUUCCUACAGCGCACCCAUGAGGUCCCUGGAUGCACUCCGCCUCUCCCAGUACCACAACAGGCCGAGGGGGCUGCCUCAGACGGCCGCAGCCCUCUACCCCUCCGCCAGCAUCGUGCACCAUCCAGCUUCAUGUCCCUGCCCUCUUUGUCUGCACUGGGGACCAGAACAAUUCCUUAAAGCCAGAGGGGAGGCACUGGGACUGAGCCAGCCCCGCAGCUCCAAGGCCAACAUGGAGCCUGCUGGUUUGGAGGGGAGAGAGGAGAUCAUGUAAUUUCAGACUGAAACAAGGUCGUCAAACUGCUGUCAAAUAAGCUGCUGAAAAAUUGGCAGCACCCUCACUGUGACUUUACUGAAUGCUAUCUACUGUACAGGGAGCAGCUUUCUUGUUGUAACAGACCAAAGACCUCCAUGCGCUCAUAUGUAACAAACACAAUUCACAAGCAGGGAGUGGAAACACACCAGU